CUUCGUAGCUAGCAUCAGAAACUGAACCAUCUCUGUAAAUUGAGCUUGUGCUCUGUUGAAUCUUGAGGCAUGGGCAGCGUCGAUUUGAGGUACGAGGUUGCACAGAAGGCAUACAUCAAACUCGUCCUUCACUCCCUCAAACACCCCACCUCCGCUGUCAACGGCAUCUUGAUCGGCCGCGUCUCCGCCUCCAACGACACCACCGUCGAGAUCGUCGAUGCCGUCCCUCUCUUCCACUCUCACAUCGCUCUUCUCCCUCAAUUGGAAAUCUCCCUCAUUCUGAUAGAGGAAUAUUUUUCCGCUAAAGGGUUGAACAUAGUUGGGUAUUUUCACGCGAAUGAGAGAUUUGAUGAUCAUGAGCUCGGUGGUGUGGCGAAGAAUAUCGGUGACCAUACCUGCCGCUACUUCCCCCAAGCUGCUAUUCUCUUGUUAGAUAAUAAGAAGCUUGAAGGUUUGAAAAAGAGCAAGGAACGUGGUGCUGUGAUGCAGCUUUAUGUUAGGGAUGCAUCUAAGAACUGGAAGUUGGUUCCGUCAGAUGGGAACAGUAGAUUCUCUCUCAAAGAGCCAUCAGCAAAUCUGGUCUUAUCAGACUAUAUUUCAUCUGAGAAAUGGAACAACAUUGUAGAUUUUGACGACCACCUCGAUGACUUAAGCAAGGAUUGGCUAAACCCAGGGCUCUUUAACUGAUGCCAACACUUGGGAAUUUCCAUCUUUACCCAGUUUACUUUUCAAGUGGAUGAUGCAUAUGCCGGAUUCUCGAUGAUGAACAAUGAGGGAACAGAUUUUGACGUGGGGAUUCUGAUUCAUGAGAAAAAUUUCAGAUGGAUAAGCAGGAUAUGUAACCGCUCUGUUUGACAAUCUUCAGUCUUCCGCUCGCAAGGGUUUUGGUUGAAGAGCCUUUGUUUUUUAUGGAAUGUACGUACAUUACAUUGGUGUUUUCUUGGUUUUGCUUGUUUACGCUUUUAUGUAUUUGGUUCAGAUUUAUUUGAUUAAUGUCAGGAGGACUACCAAACACAAGAA